AUGACAUCGGCUUAUGGGUGCUCUAUCUGGGGAAUUUGCCAUGAAGGAUUUGGGGUCUCUGUCUUAUUUUUUUUGGGUAUCCAGGUUGAACGAGAUGGAAACCACAUGUUUCUCUCUCAAGAGGCUUAUGUUCGUGAUAUUAUUCAUGGUGCUUCUAUGGAUUCUUGCAAGCCUAUUGCCACUCCCGUCGGCACACAAACGAAACUAUCCUCAGACUCCGGCCCUUUACACGAUGACCCUACUACCUAUCGGAGUUUAGCCGGGGCACUUCAGUAUCUGACAUUCACUCGACCAGAUAUAUCAUACGCGGUUCAGCAGGUAUGCAUGAACAUGCAUUCUCCUCGUAUUGCCCAUUGGAAUGCUUUAAAACGCAUCAUCCGAUACAUCCAAGGGACUUCCGAUUUUGGACUUCAUCUUGGCCCGGCUCAGAAUUUCUCUUUGGUUGCCUAUACGGAUGUGGAUUGGGCUGGAUGCCCGGACACUUUUCGGUCAACGUCCGGGUACUGUGUGUAUAUGGGUGACAAUCUCAUCUCCUGGUCCUCUAAACGUCAGUCCACGAUCUCCCGCUCCAGUGCUGAAGCCGAGUAUCGGGGUGUCGCUAAUGUUGUCGUAGAUAUUUGCUGUCUACGGAACCUUCUUCUCGAAUUACAUCACCCAUUGUCUCGCGCGACUCUUGUUUACUACGACAAUGUGAGUGCUAUCUAUCUCUCAAUCUGGUACAGCAUCAGUGGACUUAGCACAUCGAGCUGGAUAUACACGUUGUUCGUGAACAUGUUCAACGCGGUCACAUUAGAGUCCUUCAUGUGCCUUCUCGCCAUCAGAUCUCUGACAUAUUCACCAAAGGCCUCCCUCGUGUCCUAUUCGAUGACUUCAGAUCCAGUCUAA